UCGCUAAAUCAGCACCUUUUUAAAUGCAGAUAAAUGUUUGGAACCAUUGCACAUUUUUUUUUUUUGCUGUGAUCCUUGAAGCUUACUAAUAAUAUGUUUCAAUCACAUAAAAGAAAUGUUAUUGUUUGUUUCCAAGGUCUUAGGGUUGCCUUAAAUUCAAGGAAGAAUAUUCAAUAUAAAGAAAACGUAUUAGGCAUAACAGUUCGAACUUUGCGAUCAUCUGAGGUAUGGCCUUCUACUGGUAUUAAUACUAGUAGUAAUAUUGUUAGUCGAACUGCUAGAAAAAACAAAAAUGUGACUGGGUUUUUGUCAAAAGAGAAUAACAAGUGUGAUGGAUUCAAUGAACGUGAAGUAAAGGAAAAUGUUAAUUAUAUAUUAGAAGAGAUGAAGAAUAUGAGCAGAGCCUUUCAUCUGCUAUACGAAAACAAACACUUUGAGUUUGAUAGAAAAGCUGUGCAUAAAAUUAAAAGAACCGAGGGUGAGAAGAUACAUAUUUCUGAUUCUGUAUUGGCUGAAUCACCAGUUUCAUUAUUAGGCGAUGGUAGAAGAUCUCGGAUUCGUUACCAACGGUAUAGAUUAAAGAUGUUGAGGAAAAAAAUGCAGUGUAAAGAAUCUAUUGAAGACAAUUUAGAGGAACAGAUUGAAAAUAACAUCCCAGUAGUGGUAAAACUGAUGAUGAAAACUCCUCAUUAUUCAAAAUAUAUGCUGGAAAAACAUCCAGACCUUGCCGAAAGUCAUGCCUGUGUUACUAAAGAGAGACAGAGGCAUAUGGAAAGUGAAGGAGAAUGUAUAAUUCAGUAUCCUUUUGCUCAAAGAAGUGAAACCUCUAUAACACAUGCCAGUGUUGUUAAGAAUAAAGACCACUUUUUUGAAAGUAACUCUAAUUCAACGUAUCAAGAAAAUUGUAAAGAUUCAGAAUUUAAAAAUAGACAUAAUUCACAUCUACUGAAUAAUCUGUACCAAAAUGAAAAUUAUGAAAAUCCUUCUGUUAUUAAAGAUACUCGUAUUAUCCGUGAAGAGAUUUUGAAGAGUGACUAUGGUACACCAGAUCCAUCUUUCCCAGUGAGCAAAGUACCAUGUGGUGGUUGUGGUGCUUUACUGCAUUGUAAAGAUACUGGUAUUCCUGGAUAUAUACCUGCUGAGAAAUUUAAAAAGUAUUCAGAAAUUCAACUGAGAGCUGAACUUUGUCAAAGAUGCUUGUAUCUUCAGCAUUUCAAUGUUGUACUGAAUGUUUCUGUAAACCCAGAUGAAUAUCCACGUCUUAUGUCAGAAAUAAAAAACAAAUUUGCACUUGUGGUUUUGAUAGUUGAUUUAACUGAUUUUCCAUGUAGUAUAUGGCCAGGGAUCAUUGAUAUUCUUGGACCUAAAAGACCAAUAUUUGUUGUUGGAAAUAAAGUAGACUUGCUACCUUGUGAUGAUGCUGGAUACUUGGAUAGAGUUAAGAGAGUUCUUCAAGAGACUCUGAAAAAGACUGGUGUUGAUAGAGGAAAAAAUAUCAAGCAUGUAUGUCUCGUAAGUGCCAGAACAGGUUAUGGCAUUGAAGAGCUUAUCACAAAACUGCAAAAUGUAUGGAGUUUUAAAGGUGAUGUGUACUUAGUGGGUUGUACCAAUGUGGGAAAGUCAACAAUAUUUAAUGCACUUCUACAGUCUGAUUAUUGCAAGAUCAGAGCAGUUGAUUUAGUCCAGAGAGCUACAACAUCUGUUUGGCCAGGAACUACACUAAAUUUGCUCAAGUUCCCAAUCUUGAGACCAAGUGGUUGGAGGCUGUAUUAUAGGACAAUGAGGCUAAUAGAAGAUAAGAGAAAAGCUUCAGAAGAAACUAGGUUACGAAAAUCUCUCUAUCAGAUGACUCAAAACCCAAAACAUGCAACACUUUUGGGACAUAUUGGUAUGACUUUCAGAAAAGAGCAUUCUGAGCAGUCCAGAAAAAUACCUUCAGCUAGGACUGUUUUCAAUCCAGAUGAUCCAGAGUUUGCUAAAGGAAGAUUUUGUUAUGACACCCCAGGUGCAAUUUAUAAGGAUCAAAUCUUAGACCUAUUGACAACAGAGGAGCUACUGAAAACAUUACCAAGAGAAAUUAUUAUUCCUCGUACAUUUCAAUUAAGGCCAUUGCAGACCCUUUUUAUAGCUGGACUUGCAAGAAUUGAUUUAAUAAAGGUAUCACCCCACAUUCUAGUAACUGUGUUUGCUUCCAAUCAUUUGCCCAUCCACAUGGUUUACACAGAAGAAGCAAAGAUAUUUUAUACUCUUAACCUAGGAACUUCACUUUUGGGCGUGCCAUCAGGAGAUACUAAGAGACUUAAGGACUUUCCAGAUCUAGAGCCUAAAAAUAUUGAGUUAAGGGGAACUGGUUGGCAAGCUAGUUGUGCAGAUAUUGUCUUGUCUUCUGCAGGUUGGAUAGCAAUAACCUUGGAACAUGACCAGAUGUGUCACUUAAAAAUCUAUACACCUGGUGGUCGUGGUUGUUUUAUUAGACAACCAGCCUUACUUCCAUAUGCUUUAAAGUUGAAAGGCAAGAAAAUACGUGGGACUCCUGCAUUUGAGAACAAAAAAGCAAGUAUCGUUGGGAAGUAAAUGUUUUAAUAACGUUCUGUAGAAUUUAACAUGAUCAUGAAAUCUAGACUUAUAAGAACUCGUGUAUGAAAGUAAUCAAGGAAAGGAUCACAAUCUAAGUGUAUAUUUUUAUUAUUAUUAUUGCUGAAUAUAAUGACUUACUAAUGGUAAUUGUGUAUGUCACAGUAUUAAUAAAUUUGAUAUUGACUGUCCUUUGCUUGUGAAAUUUGAAAGUUUUAUAAUUGAUUUCUCAGACAUCUUAUACCCUACUAAUAGUUUGUAUAUCUUUUUGUAAUUUCUUGGUUGGCCACAGAAAGUUUCUCAUUUGCUGUUUUUUUAUAAUCUGAACAACUGUUAUCUUUAUAGUGAUUGAUCUUCAUUACUCAAAGAUUCAUUUCAAAUUCAAGUUAGACAGUAUCAGAAAAGUUCAUUAUUUGCUCCCAAAAAAAGACAAGAAAAAUGUUAAUAAUGUAGUUUAAUAAACUUGAUAAAAUAUAGAGAACUGUGAAUUUUUCUGAUUUUGGUUUAAAUAUUUUUAUUAAAUGGGAAAAAUUGGGAUUACAUGUUAUGUAAUACAGUAGUCCCUCUGAGAUACGACUGACCUAUCUGCCAUGUUAAAAAAGUCGUAUCUGACAGGAAGUCAUUAUUCAAAUAUUCAAUAAUGAAUGACCGAGUUCAAGCUGUGCCAGUUGCUAUUCCCAGGGGUUGAGCAUAAUGGUUUAUAUACUGUAUAGGUAGUCAGAUAACAUAGCAAAUGGAUACACUGUAUAAUAAUAGUUAUGAUGGAUAACAGUUCAAUAAAGAUAACUUAAAGUUGUUUUGUUUGUUUUAUGUAAAAUAAUUUAUUCAUCGAUCACAUUUAUUUCAUAAACAUCCAUGUAGAACGUUUUUAUUACAUACAUAUAAAAUAUUACAAACUGUCACAAAAUUUAUUUCAUAACAAAUCAUUCAUCUUUGUUUGUUUUGCACAUUUAACAGAGUCACUUUGAAUGUUCAUGAGUCUGGCAGUUAUUUUAUCAGGAGUGUUUCAUUGUUAGUUUUCAGCACACAAUUUUAUUAUCAAUUUAUAAAAUAACGUGCAAUAAAUGUCUAGAAUUCUACAUCAGAUAAACCGAAAGAAAAUUAGAAACUAGAUUCCCUGAACA